AUGUCAUUGUCAUCGGAGAUUGCGGGAGCCAUUGAAGAAGAUGAUCUUAAAUUUGGCAAACAACUAAAAAAGAAGAUGAAAACGCUGGACGACAUUUCAAUAACUCAGAGAAUGAUAAGUGCAUGUCUGGGAUCCUUAUUGACUUCGGUUGUAGUGACACCUUUUGACGUUAUCAGGAUUAGAAUACAACAGCAAGAAAUCUUACCUAAAGAAUCAUGCUGUCAAACUCAUUUCCCGGAGAGUUUCCCACAAGUGCGAAAUACAUUAGUCAAGAAUAUGGCAACAUCUGCCACCACAAGUGCUGCUGCUGCAGCUACUCAGGCAUCGGCUACUACAGGUAGUGUAUCCCCUGAAUUAUUCUGGAUUCACAAUAAAUACUGUGGCUCUGGCAAUUGUACCAGGAUAACCAACACAUUUCAAGGAUUUGCCACAGUUACCAAACAUGAAGGAAUAGCAACUCUAUGGAGAGGACUUUCACUUACAUUAUUAAUGGCAAUUCCAUCAAAUAUAAUCUAUUUCACCGGAUAUGAAUACAUAAGAGAUCAUUCGCCAAUAUCACAACAUCCCUUAAAUCCAUUACUUUGUGGAUCACUUGCCAGAAUCAUGUCAGCUAGUUUUGUGGCACCAGCAGAAUUAAUUAAGACUAGACUACAAUCUAUCCCCAGUGAUCUGAAGAAAUCUUCAGCCAUAUUGUCAAAUUUAUUAAAAGAUCUGUUUCUGCUUGUGAAACAGAAUGGAAUAGGAACUUUAUUUAAAGGAUUACAGAUCACCUUAUGGAGAGAUGUUCCAUUUUCGGGAAUAUAUUGGUCAAGUUAUGAAUUAUGUAAGGAUCGUAUUGCCCGGGGAUUAAAGACCGAUUUUAAUACUAGUAAUAAUUCAAAUGAUUGGAAAGUAUUUGCCACUUCAUUUUUAUCGGGAUCGAUUUCCGGUACAGUUGCGGCAUUUUUCACAAAUCCAUUUGAUGUUGGAAAGACAAGAUUACAAAUCACAUUUGAAGAAAGUGGAGCUCGAGGUAAGAGAGAGAAUAUGUUUAAAUUCUUGUUGGGUAUUUAUAGAAAAGAAGGAAUUGGGGCAUUAUAUACGGGAUUUGUCCCCCGGGUAAUGAAGAUUGCACCAGCUUGUGCAAUUAUGAUUUCUUCAUAUGAGGUGGGUAAGAAGUUUUUCAAGAAUAGUAAUAACUAA